AUGUUGAAAGUAAAGCCACCCAAGCCUUUUUCUAUAUCAGAAGAUGGAGAUUCCAAAAACUGGGAAAUCUGGAAACAAAGCUUUGAGUUCUUUGCCAAGGCAACCGGGUUGAAAGAAAAAGAAGAUUUGGUUGAAAAUCCAGUUUUCAGAAUACAUGCUGCCAGAAGAAUACCAUUUGCAGUUAGGGACGAGGUGAAGAGUGAGUUAGACAAAAUGGUUGAGUUGGGGGUAAUCAAAGAUGAAAUGAUGGUUGAAGAUGGAGUUGUGUUCAAAGGAACCAAAGUUGUAAUUCCAAAUGGUAUGAAAACGGAUAUUAUCAAAGCUAUUCAUACUGGACAUCAAGGAAUUCAAUCUUGUUAUCAAAGGGCAAGAGAAUCCUUGUACUGGCCCAACAUGUUUGAAGAUUUGAGUGACUUCAUACGAUCAUGCACAGUAUGCCAAAGUCAGAGCAGGGCAGAAAUAAAAGAACCCAUCAAAAGUAAACAAAUUCCAAUCAGGCCAUGGGAGGUUACAGCAGCUGAUUAUUUUAAGAUCAAAGGCAAAAGUUACCUUGUUCUUGGUGACAGCUACUCUGGUUACUUCGAACUCGCUGAAGUGUCAUCAAGUAGUUGUGCAACUAUCAAACAGUUGAAGUCAUGGUUUGCUGUUCAUGGUGUACCAGCUGUACUGGAAUCAGAUAACAUGCCUUUCAAUUCAGCAGAGUUUAAAACAUUUUCAAAACGAUGGGGAUUUGAACAGUCCAUAUCCUCUCCAAACUUCCCAAGAGCAAACGGAUUGGCAGAGAAGUUUGUUUCAGACAGCGAAAAAAACUUGGUCAGGCGAUGUUAUCAAGACGGAACAGACUUAUUUGAAGCUCUGUUGAAUCAUAGAAACACUCCACUAUCACCAGAUCUAGGUUCUCCAGCACAAAGGCUAAUGUCUAGGAAGGACACAGACAUUGGUUCCAAUUGA